AUGCAGGGAGGAACAGACGACUGGGCCAAUCUUUACCACUUGUCGCCCUCCUCCAUCUGGUCCCGUACGACCUUGAUCAUCGAGGCUACAGCUCAGUUUGGCGUAGCAAGAGGCGCCAUUGGACCCCAAAGACCCUCUCCCAAGGCGCCGUUCCUGGAUCCGCAGCCCCUCCUGGAGCUUCAGACUCAGUUUGAAGCUCUCCCUUCAAGAGCAGAGUCUUGGGAGCUCGGACGCAGUGGCGAGGCCAUGAGGGCUUGUACGAAUAUACUUUGGGUUGCGUAUCCGUAG